UGGAGGGCGGCGCGGCGGCAGUGCGGCGGCGCGCGGCGGUGGGCGGCGCUCGGGCAGCCGCGACAGGUGCCGCAGCGCGCGGCCGCCGCGGCAUGGCGCGUCUUGUUUACAAGUGUGUCGGCGCGUAGUGCGGCAUGGAGGGCUACGUGGAGGGCGCCGUGGUGCUGGAGCCGCGGCUGGAGGCGCCCGCGGACGCGCUGCACCCGCUCGACCCGCCGCCGCCGGACGUGCUCAUCGCGCUGCUCGCUAGGAAUAAGGCUUUAGAGGCCAGCAUCCCCAAGUGCGGGGGCUGCCACGAGCUGAUCGUGGACCGCUGGGUGCUCAAGGUGCUGGACCGCACGUGGCACGCCGGCUGCCUGCGCUGCGCCGAGUGCCGCGCCACCCUGGCGGACAAGUGCUUCGCGAGGAACAACCAGCUGUACUGCAAGGAUGACUUCUUCAAUCCCAGGCGGUUCGGCACCAAAUGCGCAGGUUGCGGGCAGGGCAUCCCGCCCACACAGGUGGUGCGCCGCGCGCAGAGCCACGUCUACCACCUGCGCUGCUUCGCCUGCGCCGCCUGUGCAAGAACCCUGAAUACUGGAGAUGAGUUCUACCUGAUGGAGGAUGGGAAGCUCGUCUGCAAGCCUGAUUACGAAGCCGCUAGAGCGAAAGGCGGCGAGGGUUCCCUGGACGGGGACGCGGCGAGCAAGCGGCCGCGCACCACCAUCACGGCCAAGCAGCUGGAGACGCUGAAGAGCGCAUACUCCAGCAGCCCCAAGCCCGCGCGCCACGUCCGGGAGCAGCUCGCCCAGGAUACCGGGCUGGAUAUGCGCGUCGUGCAAGUGUGGUUCCAGAAUAGACGAGCCAAAGAAAAGCGGUUAAAGAAAGACGCGGGGCGCACGCGCUGGUCGCAGUACUUCCGCUCCAUGAAGGGCUCGGGCAGCGGCUCCCCGCGGCACGACCGGCUGCUCGACAAGGACGAGCUGAAGAUAGACCUGGACUCCUUCAGCCAUCAUGACCUAAGCAACGACAGCUACAGCACCGUGGCGCUGGGCGGCGAGGAGGGGUCUCCGGCGGGGAACGGGGGCGCGGGGGGCGCGGCGGCGCGCUACUCCUCCACCCCGCCCUACCUGCGCGCGCACUCGCCGCCGCUGCCACACUACCACUACCCGCCGGACCAUCUCGUUUAUACUAAUAUAGGUCAAGCAAUGAGCGGGGCCGGCCUAGGCGGCGGGGCGGGCGGCGCGUCCGACCUCAGUAGCUCGUCUUCACCGGCCGCGGGGGGCUACCCCGACUUCCCCCCGUCGCCCGACUCGUGGCUGGGAGAGCCGCACCACUACUCCCCGCGCGGGUUCCCCUAGCGGCGGCCGCCGCCGGCGCACGCGCUGCCCGCGCCCCCGCCGCCCCCGCACUUCCCGCCCCUCGGCCUGCAGCCGCUAGAACUCGUCGUCAAAAGAGAACUGUGACCCAAUCUUGGUACAAAUACGCGUUAGUCAGAAGCUAGUCUUCAACCAUCAAACACUAGGGCGGUUCGUGACGGUUUUAUAAAUAGGUACAAUCAACCAGUGUAAAUAUUGUUUGUAAGUGUUGAGUGCUAGCACAAAAGUCAUCACAAUAUUUUUGUAAAUAGGUUUGUCGGUGUAAUUAAAGAUUGGACAGAAGUGAAAAAAGUCAAGUACUUACAGUUGGUACUUUAUUAGAGUAUUUAACAAUCAUUUAAAUGUAGAUUUUUAAAAUAAAAUCAUUUCGUUUAUCACAAUAUUGUACAUAAAAUAAAGAGUCAAUGUAAUAAACUUUAAUAAUAACAUAGCUCAAUAGUUAAGACGUAAGUCCAUGACGGUAAACUUGUGCAAAAUAAAUUCUAGUCGAAAAGUGAAUGGUAUAAAUUAUACAUACUAUGCUAAUUAAA